AUGCCCGAGAACGCUGCGGCUUCGGAUGAAGCCAUCAACAUGGCCGAUAUAGUCGCACAGGAAGAGAGCACGCCUGCAAGACCGUCCAACGACAAGCCUACCUUUUCUCAACAAGAAAUCGCAGACGAAACAUUCAUCUACAACGCCGACGAUGAAGAAGACGAUGACUUCGACAAAGGCGAGAUCAACAACCUCCACCGCCCAGCCCAGAAUUCAGAUGUGCUCACUCGAACAAUCCACGUCUCCGACGACCCUUCGAUGCCCGCCAUAACGUUCCGGUCUAUGUUCCUGGGUACCGGCCUGUCCAUCUUCGGCGGCGUCCUCUCGGCCAUCUAUUACUUCAAGCCCCAAGAGAUCUCGCUAUCCCCCGUCUUCCUCGCUGUUCUGGCGUACCUGCUCGGCGAAGCUAUGUCGCUCUUCAUCCCCCGUCGUGGAAGAAUAGGAAGAUUGCUGAACCCGCAUGCAUUCAACAUCAAGGAACAUCUCGCCAUCACCAUCAUGGCCAGCGCAUCGGCCGUGUCGGCACUAGGAAUCCAGGUCAUAUCCGUGGAGCGACUGUACUACAACAACGAGCUCUCCGCCGCCGUGAGCAUCUUCCUGCUCCUCUCCUCGCAAUACCUAGGCUACGGCAUCGCAGGCCUGAUGCGUCGCACCAUGCUCUACCCCAAAGCCAUGCUCUGGCCCGCCAACAUCCCCAUCAACUCCAUGCUGGAGAACCUGCACUCGCGCUCCGAAGACCACUCCAACCGCAAGCCCCUCCGCAUCUUCCUCUACGUCUUCGCCGCCAUCUUCGUCUGGGAGAUCUUCCCGCAGUGGAUCUGCACCAUCCUCACCGGCGUUAGCAUCUUCUGCCUCGCGGACCAGAACAGCACUGUCUUUACACACAUCUUCGGUGGAGCCGCCGGCAACGAGGGCCUCGGCCUCCUCUCCCUCUGCUUCGACUGGCAGCAAAUCACCGCGCCGACCUCGCCGCUCUACUUCCCCAUCAGCAGUCUGAUCAGCCAGGGGAUCGGAAUCACGGGGUGUAUCAUCCUCUUCGCUGGCGUGUAUUAUUCGAAUGUCUGGAAUGCGUUGGAUUAUCCUUUCCUGUCGCAGCUUGUGUUUUCGAAUUCUUCGACCGCGGGGAAUCCGGUGCAGUGGAAUCAGACGUUGGCGAUUGGCGCGGAUUCGAAGAUUGAUAUGGGGGCGGUGGCGCAGCUUGGGCUGCCGGCGUUUUCGGCGACGAAUGCGUUGAAUAUGAUGUUGACGAACAUGUCCAUGGCGGCUGCUAUUGUGCACUUGUUCCUGUGGUAUCCUCGCGAGGCAUGGGAGGCAUUCGCGUUUCUCGACCCACGGAAUCUGCUCAAACUUCGCCAUAUCAACCGUCUGCCGGCUGCCAUUCGCCGUGCCUUCGCAAAUCGAGGAAAACCAGAUGAGAUGCGAGACAACUACGAUCCGCAUUACCGCUUGAUGCUUGAAUAUGCUCCUUGUCCCGAUUGGUGGUACGGCAUCGUCCUGCUGUUGUCGGCAGUCAUCGCGCUCGUCCUCAUUUACAAGACUGACACGACACUACCGUGGUGGGGAUUCGUCAUCGCGGCCAUGCUGGGAUACGUCCUGAUUGCCGUCCUGGGAGCCAUGCAAGCGAUCACCGGCGUUCCCUUUACCAGUCAAUCUCGCGUACAGAUGAUUGGCGGAUACAUUCACCCUGGAUACCCCGUCGCUAACAUGUACUUCUCCCUCUACGCCUACAACGCCCUCGUCCAGGGUAAACUCCUCGCGCAAGAUCUCAAACUCGCACAGUACGGCCAUCUCGCCCCCCGAGUGACCUUCUUCGUCCAAAUGUGGGACACCCUCCUCGGCGCGCUCUUCAACUACAUCAUCGCCAACGACGUCAUCAAGAACCAAGCAACAAUCCUCCUCAGCGUCGAAGGAACCAACAUCUGGUCCGGCGCCAACCUGCAACAAUUCAACUCCCAAGCCGUCGCCCGGGGCGGGCUCUCCCGCCAACUCUUCAGCGUCGGCGCCCAGUACGAAUGGGUGACCCUCGUCAUGAUCCCAGGCCUCUUCGUGCCCCUCCCACUCUGGCUCGCCCACCGCCGCUGGCCGAAUCUAGGGCUGGACAACAUCAACACGUCCGUUACGCUCUUCUACCUCUGCUACCUCAACGUAGGCGUCAAUUCGUCCAUAUUCAUGUUCUUCAUCAUUGGCUUCAUCUCUCAGGGAUAUAUCCGGAGGAGGUAUCCGAAUGUUUUCGUCAAGUACAAUUACCUUAUUUCGGCGGCGCUGGAUGGCGGGUCCUCGGUUAUGGUUUUUAUACUGUCGUUUGCGGUGCUGGGCGCGGCUGGGGCGGCGGUGCAGUUUCCGAAAUAUUGGGGGAACAAUGUUGAUGGGAAUCCGGAUCGAUGUGCUUCGGCUAAUUGA